AUGCACCCAGUUAGAAGGGGAAGUAAUGUAAGCAUUCAUCACACCAAAGACGUGGUACUUCGGGUACCAAGGACUGGAGAGCCUUUGAGCAAAUCCACCCCGAAAGUACCAAAGAAUGUUCCAACCAAACGAUAUGUAGGAAAGGGCCUACAGAAGAAGUCUAAAGAAGGCGACGUUGCUGUCCGCAAGGUCAGACCUAACCCGCCACGAACACAUGACAAAGCCCCGCAACUAAGGAACGUACUAGCAGCUGGCAGUGCAGAGAUGGAAGCCACGGUGGUAAUAUGCGACGAGGAUGAUGAUGAGGAUGGGGAUGAGGAUGGGGAUGAUGAUAAGGAUGAUGAGGAUGAUGAUGAGGAGGAGGAGGAGGAGGAUGUUGAAGAUGAUAAUGAUGAGGAUGAGGAGGAGGAGGACGAGGAUGAUGAUGAGAAUGAUGAGGAUGAGGAUGAGGAUGACGGUGGUGAGGAUGAUGAGGAGGAGGAUGAUGAUGAGGUUGAUGAUGAUGAUGAUGAUGACGAGGAUGUUGAGGAAUGA